AUGACAUACUGGGCGGUGAAGCGUGAAUGCGCUGGCACGACUAUCGGUGUGGCAAGAGUCAAGCAAAGGAACGAAACGAAUGGUCUGGAGGCAUGGAGCGUGAACACGACGCUAUCCGACAUCAGGGUCGCUGUUCACAUUGACGGAUGGAAUGUCGUGACAGGCGAGCCCGUUUUCCACCACUCGUGGCCCAAUGCUUUCGCACUGAAGUUGAAUCAAAGCACAGAACUCGGAAGGCUGGACCUGGGUGCUCUUGGACCGUCGCGUUUCAAGCUUUCCGAGAACGGCAUAGGGCUCGAAGACAUAGGUUUUGCAAUUCGUCAUUGUCAGGAGGCGCCUUUUCAGGCAGGAGCCAGGCACCUUGGUUUGAAGAUUGCAAGAAACGGUGCCGACACUGUGGUGGAGGCGACUGCCAACCUGCCCAUCAAAGGCCUCCUGGUGCAAGUCAUGGAUCAUCUAGAUACCACUUGGGAGGACAAUGGUGUUGAUCCAGUUCCUGGCCAGAUCGCGAGCUUGAGGUUCAUGGGCAAAGGACUUGAAGUUGGUCAAAAACAUCCGCUCAGGGCUCGAUGGAUGGGAGGAGAGUGGAGCAGACAGAACAAUGUCAGACCGUCCCUGUAG